UAGUGUAAUAAGUCAAAACAAAGCAUAUAUGAAAAAAGCAAAGAAAGCUAAAAAGAGCACGACAGAUAAAAUGCCAAAGAUUGAAUGAACAAUAUUUUUUUACAAACACUAUUAGUUGCAAAGUAUUAAUGCGAAAAUGGAUGCAAAAUGAAAACUUAACAUCCACAAACAAUAGCAAUUAGUGUAAUACGGAAAAAUGGGCAACUAGUGAAAAGUGAAAGUUUACAUAUUUGUUUAUAUUUUUUGCUUUAGUUUUUGUUUCUUUGAUUGUUUAACAUUUUUUCUUUACAUUUUGCUAUGUAUGUACAUGCGUAAAUGUACUUAUACCAUAUAAUUUAUUUGAGUUUGUAGCUUAAAUGGUUUAAAUUGAUAAAACAAAAAUAUUUAAAAUUAGGAGUUACAAAAUUUAUUAGUCGUGCUCAAAGAAGCUACUAUUGCUGUGUCACAGUGACAGUAAAUUCUAAAAAUCUAGUAGAUACAUAUAACAACGAAAUUUAAGAAAAGCGUUAGAAAAGAAUUAAAAACAAGCAAAUUAAUUUUGAUUAUACUUUAAAGUACAUAGAGCAGCAUGUAAGAUGCGAAGAAAGGAAGAGUGGUGCUGCUAAAUAUAAUGAGUUUAAAAUUUAAUACUUACAUUAACUAAAACCAAAAAUGUGCUACAUAUAUAUAUACAACAUAUAUUUGAAAACACAAAUAUGUUUAUUUAGUUAACAUUUGAUGUGAAUAGCAACAGCUAUGCAAUGCAGCCCACUUCCACUGUCUUUCUCUUUCUUUGUUUAGUUAGUUUUGUUAAAUAAUGUUUUUUUUUUGUAUUAACUUUGCAAGUUUUAAAUUAUUGUAUUUGUUAUUGUUCUUUAACACCACACAACUGUGUUUACUUACUUCUUACUUACUUACACACACAAUAUAGUACGUCUGAUUUCAUUUUGCUUGACAAACUUACAUAUAUACAUAUUUAUGCUAAUUUUUGUUCGUUUAUUGUACUAAUAUCGUUUACUUAUAGUAGUUUUUCAGUUUUUGACUUUGGUGCUGGUGUAGAAUUCGUUUUGUUUUAUCAUUUAUAUUUGAACAAACAUGCCCUUAAGUUAUUUACUUAUACAUAUAUAUGCUAUUAUUAUUUAUAUAUUUUUUUUCGAAAUCAUUUACAAAAUAUGUACAUUUGCCGUUUAACGAAGUUGUUUAGUCGAGUAUUAGUUUUUUUCGUUAUGAAUACCAGCUUUGAUGCAAGUAGUAUUGUCACAUUUUUCACUUCAUACAUACAUACAUAUGUAUCGAAAUUCAUAUAUUCAUUGAUAUUUAUUAUAUGUUUUAUGUAUCUAUGAUACAUACAUACAUUUAUGUAUAAUUGAAUAUUAGUGAUCAUAUAUUAGUGCAGUCAGUCUGUCCGUCGUACGCGCACAGUAACGAAAAUGUGUUUUUUUUUGUUUCUGAUUUCUAUACACAUUUUAUAUAUAUACCCUUCAUGCUCACGUCCACUACAUAUACCUGUAAAUCGCUUACAUUCAAAAUGUCACUCUCAAAAACUCAUUUCAUGGCUUCUCAUAUAUAAUUGUAUAUUUUUUUUGCUGUAUUAACACAAAGCAUUUGAUUAGCUGGUAACUAAGCUGACAUUAUCACCACAUAUUUUUUUGUUUUUAGUAUAUUUUCUUUUGGGUGAAUAUUGAGAUUUUGUUAUUUGAAGUGCAGGCUUCAUUUGUAAGAAUUGAAUUUUUUAUGGCAAUUGCCUUUGUUUCAUAUGUUUUAAUGUACGUAAAUAAGCAGUAAUGUGUGUAAAUUGUACCAACACACACUCUCACACACAACACACAAGCACACACGUGUUUAUAGCGUUGUGUACGUGCGCAGGCGGAUGCAUGCUAACUCUUCCUGUGCAUAUACACAAGCUUAGCUAUGGCGUAAGCCUUGUCAGAGAUACAAAGUGUUAUAUAAUUUUAUUUUAUUUUUUACAUUUUUGUAUUUAAGUUAUAUAAUUUUUAUUUUCGUUGGUUGACGGGACUCAAUUGUUUAGUUUAUUUUCUAUAUAUCGUACAUAAAUAUUAUUUUAAGUGGCAAUUUAAGCAAAGUAUGCGCUAAAAUCUUAGGACACGUGCGUUGAUGGACGCUGUGGUCGUGCUUAGUGCAUGGCACAGUGCUGUCAAAUACUCGUUACUCUUUUCGGCUCGGUACACUCGUGCAUUUGCUCGCGUUUUAUUUUCAACUACGCGACUUUCUGCUUCAAAAAGUCGUGUAAUUUUUUUUAAAGUUUUGUUUAACGGUGUUGAAAGUGUAAAAACAAACAAGUGCUAAAAAAGUGUUGAUAUGUGUGCGUUAGAAAAUUUGAAGUUCUGUUACCUGCACAAUUUGGCUGGCUGUUUUGUUGGACAUCUCGUUGCCGUGGCUGCCGUAACGUUUGGCUGAAACAUGUAGCUGUGAGCAUGCGUAAAGCAUGCUACAGCGAGGUACUGUGCGUUUCAUGCCACAUCGUCAUCAACAUCUUCAUCGCCACAUCGUUAACAAACAUUACUAGCAAACAAGCAAGCUGUCGCCAAAUCAGGUGAGUAUUCUUUGUUCAACGGUAUCGGUUGGACAAGGUGCACAUUUCAAUGGAAUAUUAAUGUAUAUUAAAAUUUCAUUAUUAUGCUAAUGCAUCCUGUCACACACUGUCUGUAUUUUGAAACACCAGCAUAUAUACAAUAUAAUUCCUUGUAUGCCAUUUUCAAGUACCUGUAAUCCUUGCUGCUACCUUCCCUACUACAUCAUAUCCCCUCUUUUCAUACAUUCAUACAUACAUACAAACAUACGUACAUAUCACUUCACCGUUCAUUUGAAUGUUGCCAGUUACAGUUUUUGCAACACUUUAUGCAUAUUUUAAGUACAAAAUAAGCGAAACCGUGUAAUUUUAACGGUGCAUUUAUAACAUUAAGUUUAUAGUCAUGAACAAAAUGACGUUUGGGUUGUAAAAUACGAUUUUCUCUUCGAUGAAUUUUAUUUUCGCGUUGUAAACCUCAUUAUCGACGUUUGGAUUGGUUGAUUUAAAGCUUCCCCAACUAUUAUGUUAUUAUAUAAAAUAAUUAACCAAAACAUUUAAGAUUGCAGUACGAAAUAGGUAUUUUUCGCGUGGGAAUUUUUCUCUAAAUCGUCGGAAAUGUAAAAUUUUUAUGAACAGGUUGGUAAAUCUUACGAAAUCCUUAUGCUGUGAGAAGUUAUGACGAUCAUGUAAUGUUAGACACCACCAAUACUCUUUUUCCGGUCAAAUACGAUAAGCAAAACCCUGUUUUGGUGCCUCAUGUUCGAAAAUGAAAAAAAAAGAAUCGAAAGAUUUUGAGUUUUGAUAGCUUGAGGAUUAUCUAUUUUUUUGUUUUAUAAUUUUGAAGAGCAGAAAUCGUUCCAAACAUAGAAACUAAGAACUAUUAAUUUUUUCGACAAUUUUCGGAACAUCUAAAACUAUUUUUUUCGAAAUUAAUCAAAUUUUAUAGCACAUUUUCAAAAAUUUUGAAACGCAAAAAUUGUUCCAAACAUUGAAAGAAAGUACUUCAAUUAAUUUUGGUUUCAUUAUCUUUCUUAAACUAUUUAAUAACUUUUUCAAAAGUUUUGAAACUAAAAUAUUUCUGAAUUGUGAAAUCAUGGCAUAUCUAAUAAUUAAUUUCUAUUUUGAAUAUUCUACCAAAAAUAUUAUAACUCAACUCAUUUUCGAAUUUUCGAAAUUCAUACAAUGAUUCUGAACAUGGAAAGUAUGAGGAACAAUUUUCGUUCCUAUGCAGUUAAUAAAAUAUGAAGGAUUUUUUUUAAUCAGCUUUCGAAUAUUAAAAUGCAUUUAAUCAGCAAUUAAUUUCGAUUUAAAAAAUUUUUUUUUUUUGAGAUAUUGAAAUUAACUUUAGACAGAUCAGCUUAUAAACAAAGUUGAUAAACAGCGCUGUAUCGUGUAUAUUAUAACCUCAAAGCUUUUUUUCUUUAAUACAAACACAGCGAUAUUUUUCUAUAUUUAUUCAACUCUCUUCGACUCGUCGCUGUAGCAAAUUUAAAAAUAGAUUAUUUUUGAAAAUACAGCCUCGUUAUCUUACAUAUACAUGUAGCUCAUAAAUCAAUUGUUGAAAUUACUGCCUUACCAUAAUUUCUGUGAGGGGGGCGGUGGUUGGUCACUAUAUGCGUUCAUUAUAUUUUUGAAAAAUCUUAUUUACGAAUUCUGCGUCGAUACAAAUGCCAAAACUGAAGCUGCAUAUAGAAACGCGAGAGUUGCACAUAAUUGCAACGCUGUCAAAAACUACACGACUGCUGGUCAAAUGUGACUACUGCGCGACACGACGCCGGUGUUAUGACGAAGUAUCGUCAUGUACUCAACAUAAUAUAUUUACGGACAUUGUAUAAUAUUGCCACCGCAGCGGCAGCGGUCGUCGCAGCAGCCUCUGCAAGCAGCAAUGCGGUCCACAUCCACAAUAAUAUCAAUAACAGUAAUAAUAAUAAUAAUAACAACAACAACAAUAGCAAUUACAACAAACAGCGCCAAAGUAGUAUUAGCAAAGAGCGCAAUGAGUGCGCCAAGCAUAGCGAAUUAUUAGUUGCCAAAAAUCGCCUAUUAACUGGCCUGACAGCGGCGGAUGUAACUAGCGCGCUGCCCGCCGCCUACGCGCCCGUUGGCGCAAUGUCCAGCGCAUCGACGCCGCCCACGCAAAGCCCCGCGCCGCCGAACGUAAACAAGCUGCUGUGUGAUGUGCUUGAGCCGGAAAUAUCGAUACGCUCCAUGUACAAGUGUUGUGGUGGUGGUGGUAAGCGGUUUCUGCAACAGGCGCAAACGCAACAGCAUCAGCAACAACACCAGCAACAGCCGCAGAAACAACAUUUACACAUCAUACAACCGCAUGCUAUGACAAAUGCCGUCGCAGUAGCAGCAGCAGCAGCCGCAACAAUAACACCACCACCGCUAACAACAACAACAACUAGCCAGCCAACGCAUGCAACAACGACAUGCUGCACACCAACAUCGUCCAGCCAUCACAGCAAUUGUAGUGGUUGCCAAAUAACAGCGGCCGCCUCCAUACAGUUGGCCAAUUUGAUAGGCAGCACAAUGUUGUUGCCACAAACAGCCGCAGCAAUGCAAGAUGUUGCCACGAAAGCCGUAGUAGCAGCCGGCGCAACGGUAAAUGUAACGUCCGAACAUAAUGCUAGCAAGAAAUUACAUGCCGCCAACACUGCAGAGAAUCUGCUGUGUAGAGGAGGCGGCGGCAACAGCGUAUUGGAAGCCGUGAGCAGCGCCAGCGCCGGCUCCUCCUCAAAUUUAGUGUCGCCACACACGGUGGCCGCAACAACAAAGAAGGCCAACGUGCAGUUCCACUGCGAGUUCUGCGCUUUCGCCUGCUCGUGGAAGUACGACUUGAAGCUACAUUUGCGGCAAAAACAUGGCAUACACAACAAGAAAAUGUGAACUGUACGCGCUGCGUGCCGGCAAUGACGUGCCAAAUGCAAGCAGCAUACGCGCUUUACUGCAUUACAGUUGCAGUAAGCUGCGGUUGCGGCCUAUUUGUGUGUUUAUUGUUAAACAGCUUUUUUGGAAAUCAACUUUAAGUGUGCGCGCGUUUGCUUUUCAGCCUUUGAAUUGUUGUGUUCAGCUAUUAGGCUACUUGAAGUUAGCUGUAGUUUACGGUUAGGCGCGUUUAUUUAAAUAUUUAUUAUUAUUAUUAUUAUUUUAUUAUGUACUGUAUAGCAUAAAUUGUACAGCUGUAAGCGCGUAAUUGUAGUUUAUAAUGCUAUAUGCCUAUGAAAAUGUUAUAAUAAAGAGCCCAGUGUGAUUGAAUAUCUGUGUAUGUAAGCAUUUAAAUUUAAUUUAAACGUCAUGCAACGCAAAGUGCAUACACGCAUGCAUGUAUAUGACAUAUAUGCAAUUAACUAACGUAUUUUUUAAUGUAUGUACAGCAGUGUUAGCGUCAUGUUAAAGCCAGGCAACUGCAGCAUAUAUAUGUGGCAGCAACAAGGAUUUAUGGCAUUCAAAGCGUUGCUGCAACCAAAAAAUUGUAUUAAUUAGCCGAACACACAUGUACAUACAUAUAUA